AUGGAAGAUUCAAAACAUUUAGCUGAACCUAGCAAAGAAUCGCUGCCAGAUGAUGACGAUGUCAUCUGCAUAAGUGAUGGUCGUACUCCUUUUUCUGAAGAAGUUCAGGAUAUGUCACUUUCUGUCACCAGCUAUAAUAUUUGGAUAGAUGAGAAGGCUUCUUUUAAUUUCAGCUCAUCAAGUUUGGAAGGUAACAAUGGCUGGAUGGAAAAUCAUGCAGUUACAGAAGAAAAUCUUAAGGAUCCACUUUGUGUUGAAGGCUAUUGUGAAGAGAACAAAACUGUUACGACAACCUCUUUACCUCUAGUCACUCCAUCUUGCACAGAAGGAUCAUGUGUAAUAGAUCUUACAAAUGAUGAAGAUAAUUCCAUAGUUUUUGAUGAUUUCUCCAUGAGAAAACUGGAUAAUACCACUGAAAACAAUCCAACAAACUAUUCCAGGCCUGUUUCAGAUGAAAUCAAGAUACUUUUUAAAGAUAGCUGUGCUCUUUCGGCCGAUAAGGAUAAAAUCAAUAUUUAUCAGCAGUUAUUUCACUACCCCCGAUGCGCUUUUAAGACUUGUCGCCUGAAACGGAUUUUCUCCCACAUCAAGUAUUAUCACAUUCUGAAUGGACGAUACGAUUGUAGUAAGUGUGAUUUUAAGGCUAUUUUGAAAACUAUGCUAGAAGCGCAUGUUGUUACCAAUCACGCCGAACAGGGAACUUUUAGGUGUAAGUACUGCGCUUAUAAUUCCCGGAAAACGAGUAGUGUCUUGAUACACACUGCCAAGGUACAUUUUAAGUAACUUUU